UGCGCCGCACGCAGCUGCGUGCACCCGCCCUCCGCAAGAGCCCGCGGCCUGAGCCAGGCCAGGGUGGCCCGACCUUUCCCUCCCAGUUUGGGGCAGAGGAAGCCGAAAGUAGCUUCAGCGAGUGGGCUCCUCGCCUCCAGCGCUCAGCCCCCGAUUUCGUGGCAGGGUGUGGCGACCCCGAUUUCUGUUUGCAAGCACAGCCAGCAGUCCAAGAGCCAGGUCCCAAGGCUGGAUAUCUUUUGCCUCGGCUGCUAGCCCGGGCCUCAGAGUCUUGGCGACUGAGCUUGUGCCCGAAGGAGGUGCCACACACCAUGGCUGACCGGCAGGCGGGCCCGGCGGCCGGAGACUGGGAGAUCGACGUGGAGAGCCUGGAGAUGGAGGAGGACGGCUGCGGGGCGCCGCCGCGAACGCCGCCGGGGUCCACCCAGCCGCCGGCAGACGGGGACGGCGAGGACGACGAGGAUGAGGACGAGGAGGACGACGACGCGGAGUUCGAGGGCGAAGGCGAGGAGGCGGGCGCGUCCCCGGGGGUGUCCGGCAGGCCAGAGAACCAGGGGAGCCUGCCGCUGAGGCCGCCUCCGGCGCCGCAGGCCUCGCAGGCCCUCGCGGGGCACCCGGAGCGCGGCGUGAACGCGGGCGGCGGCGCGGAGCCGCGGAAGCUGAGCCGCACGCCGAAGUGCGCGCGCUGCCGCAACCACGGCGUGGUGUCCUGCCUCAAGGGCCACAAGCGCUUCUGCCGCUGGCGCGACUGCCAGUGCGCCAACUGCCUGCUGGUGGUGGAGCGGCAGCGCGUCAUGGCCGCCCAGGUGGCGCUCCGGAGGCAGCAGGCCACCGAGGACAAGAAGGGGCUUUCCGGGAAACAGAAUAAUUUCGAGCGCAAAGCUGUGUAUCAGAGGCAAGUCAGGGCACCUAGUUUGCUGGCCAAAAGUAUUUUAGAAGGCUACCGCCCCAUUCCAGCAGAGACUUAUGUGGGAGGGAGCUUACCUCUACCUCCCCCAGUAAGUGACCGGAUGAGAAAAAGGCGGGCCUUUGCCGAUAAAGAGUUGGAGAACAUUAUGCUGGAGAGAGAAUAUAAAGAGAGGGAGAUGUUGGAAGCUUCCCAAGCUGCUGCCUUGUUCCUGCCCAACCGCGUGGUGCAUGGACCUGAAUACAAUUCCUACAAAGGUGCCUACAACCCCACCCCAGUGGAACCGCCAAGCAAAGACUUCUGUAAUUUUUUGCCCACCUGCCUUGAUCUAACCAUGCAGUAUUCAGGGUCUGGAAAUAUGGAACUCAUUUCUUCCAAUGUCAGUGUGGCCACAACUUACAGACAGUAUCCCUUGUCCUCAAGAUUUUUAGUUUGGCCUAAGUGUGGCCCCAUUAGUGACACACUCCUCUACCAGCAAUGCCUGCUAAAUGCCACCACCUCAGUUCAAGCCUUGAAACCUGGGGCCAGCUGGGACUUGAAGGGAGUACAAGUCCAGGAUGGGCUCAGUACAGAACAUGAUAUGUUGCCACCCAAAUUGGAAGGCUCUCUGGUGCUGCCUCACACUUCUGAGGUCCAGACCUCAAGAAGUGACCUUCAGGGUCACCAGGCUGUUCCUGAGAGGUCUGCAUUCUCCCCACCCCGACGGAAUUUCUCUCCGAUUGUUGACACGGACUCCCUGGCAGCUCAAGGGCACGUCUUAACCAAGAUCAGCAAAGAAAGCACCAGGCACCCUCUACCACUUAAACAUAAUCCAUUCCACUCACUAUUCCAGCAAACUCUUAAUGACAAAUCAGGUCCUGAGUUGAAAACACCAUUUGUCAAAGAGGCCUUUGAAGAGGCCCCUAAGAAACACAGAGAGUGUUUAGUCAAGGAGAACCAGAAGUACACAUUUACAAUAGAUAGAUGCGCAAAAGACCUUUUUGUAGCCAAACAAGUUGGAACAAAACUCUCGGUGAAUGAACCGCUGUCAUUUUCUGUUGAGUCUAUUCUCAAGAGGCCUUCAUCUGCCAUCACUCAUGUCUCUCAGUGAAAGGCUGCUUAAAUGGAAAGCUGGAUUUUCUGCAGUCUCAGAGGGUCCUUACCAGUCACUCAGUUUCUUUUUCAGAAAAAAGAUGUUUGUAUAAAGAAAUUUGUAAUGUAAAUGAUGGUGAUUUAAAAAUUCUAUAUAUUCAUAUGCAUGUACUUCUCACCACAUAAAUAUAUUUAAAGAUGGACUUGCUCAUGGGCAAAUUGUAAAGUUCCGUGCUUUACACAUUAUUUCAAAAAGCAAUAAAAUUGACAUUGUCUUCUCAAAGACUCAGUAUUUGCUGAAGUAAAUAGUUGUCUCUGUCUAGGUGGAAAAGCUAGCAUCCAUGAAAUGUGAUCUUUAUUUUUCUAUGAUUCUGUGUAUUUUCAAGCGCUCUUACUGGUUGCUGGGGGCCAUAGGAGAACCCUUAUAAUGCUUUAGUUUUUGCAUUUUGGAGGGCAUGUAAAUGUAGCUAUUCAAGACUGAGACAAAAAUAAGUUUAUGGAGAACAUAGGGAAGAUUUGCAUGUUUAUAGAAUCAUAAUUUCAUGUGAUUGGACAAAGUCGUAUUAAAUUGAGAAAUCAAGUUUAAUAUCUUGUUUAUAUGAUGUCAUGGGUUCUUGGAAGGGAUCUUUUAAUUAUCUAGGUCCCAGCGUCCUUCCCUGGUGGGGAUGUGGAGAUGGGGCCUCAAGCUGCCUUUCUCAAUUGAAACUUCAUUCUGUGAUUUUUGGGUUGUUAGGGGCCACAGAGCAGGUUCCCUUGUAAGGUGCAGUUAGUUCAUACUGUGGUGUGUGGUUGAACCCUCUUGCGUUACUUCUCGUUUCCUAAGGACUGGUGACAGCAGUUUCAGGACUCUCAGCUGGUUCCUGAGUGUCAGCUUUAUGUGUCCCACACUUGCACCAGUAUCAGGGGUUUUCAAUGUACGCUGAGAUAAAAGCAUUUACUAUUCAAAUUGCUUCAGCUGCUAGUUGCUGUAGCCAGCAGAUAUUUAUCACAGCAUGAGGGUAGGUUUUUGAUUCUUAAACUUUUCCCCUCUGUUUUUAAGUUCAUCACUGCCCUCUUGUUUUGCUCAGCAGAAUGUUAACUGUUG